UUCCUGGUUCCAGGUGCCGUCCCCACUGUAACCUGAGCUGAACUGUAUUAAUAAAUAAUGCAUCUGAACCAGUCAGCUCAUCAGUCAGCUCGUGAGAGAGGUAGCGACGGCUCGCCCUCCAAAAGGACGGACACACACACACACACACACACACACACACACACACACCGAACAGGACGCGACUACACAGCGCCGGAGAUAACGCACAGUUUUCAGGUUAAGGAUUCAAUUUCUGUAGUUUCUAUAUUCUUUAUUUGGCCGGGUCACCUGGAGCAACCUCACCCAACCAUGAAUCCUGAAUACGACUACCUGUUCAAACUUCUUCUGAUCGGUGACUCUGGAGUCGGAAAGUCUUGUCUGCUGCUUCGCUUUUCGGACGACACCUACACCGAGAGCUACAUCUCCACCAUCGGAGUCGACUUCAAGAUCAGGACCAUCGACAUGGACGGGAAGACGGUGAAGCUCCAGAUUUGGGACACCGCAGGUCAGGAGAGGUUUCGAACCAUCACCUCCAGCUACUACAGAGGAGCUCACGGCAUCAUCAUCGUCUAUGACGUCACAGAGCAGGAGUCCUUUAACAACGUGAGACAGUGGCUGGACGAGAUCGAACGCUACGCGUGUGAGAACGUCUCCAGGCUGCUGGUGGGGAACAAGUGUGACCUGGUCAGCAAGAAGGUGGUGGACGCCGCCACCGCUCAGGACCUGGCCUCGUCUCUACAGAUCCCCUUCCUGGAGACGAGCGCCAAGAACGCCGCCAACGUGGAGACGUCUUUCCUCACCAUGGCCUCGGAGAUCCACAAGCGGCUGGCCAGCGAGGGGGCGGGGAUGCAGGGCCAGCCGACCGCCGCCAAGGGCCAGAGCGCCAAGAUCAACAGCGCCCCCGUGUGGCUGGGCGGCGACAAACAGACGCAGGAGGCCGGCAACUGCUGCUGAGCCGGGAAACGACGCGUCGGGUCUUGAUGAGAGAUGUGACUUUACAGGAGGAAUGAUGUGUUGUUAGUUUGGCUACCAUAUAUUUCUGAGUUUCUUAGCUUUUUUGUGUUCUGCUUCAUUAUCAAGAGACAAACCGAGGACAGAGAUUAUAGCCAAACAGUUGCGGGUGACAAGGUUUGGGAGAAGUUCUUUUUUAAAUACAUGGAGGAUCAUUUACUUCAUCACUUCUUUAACUCAAGAUUAAAGACAUUUGUAGUAGUUUCAGAAGCAAAUGUGGAAUAUUUUCAAAAUACGUGACGAAUUUUCUUGCAGAAAUGUGACGUUAGCAGUCGGUCGAACAUUUUGUAAAAUCAGUUUGUUUCAGUCAAUAAAAAUACAUGUGAGGAGUCUAAAACGGAUAUAAAACAAGGUUUUAACAAACUUAUGUGUAAAUAUGUUCAACAUACAAGUAUGUUUUCUGAUCCAUCCGCUCCCUGGUUCAGAAACAUCGACUGGUUGUACGAGACGUUGGCAGAGACAUAUUGUAUUAUUGUGUUUGGUUUAUUCCAAAACAUUUAUCGCGGCACGAUGAAGCACAAUGCUCGUCUCCAUCCUUUGUCCCUGGGCGUGUUCACAAUAUAAUGUAUUUACUGUAUCCGCUACUGAAGAGGAACGUAGACUUACGCUGAGGCCGAGCGGACACACGGAUGAUUUGCUCGACUGUUCGUCUCGGUGCAGAAAUAACUUCGUGUUUUUUACUCAUCGCGGAAUUUACCGUCAAAGGAGCAAAAACGGGAGGUUACGUCAUCUGGAGAUCUGUUUCACUUCAGUUAUAACUCUGUCUAAUGUUCAGUCACAGCAGCGUCCAGAUUAAUAAUCCUUCAAAAGGGUCAACGAAAAAACACCCAGAUGCAAUUAUUGCAACUGAGACAAAUUGCUGGACAUUCUCAGCUCAUAUUAGUCUGACAAACAUCACUCGGGGACAUGAAGGGAUAUGUCAUAAUUACCUUUAUUAGAGCUCAUUUUUCACACGGAUCAAUAUUGUUUUCUCACAUAUGACACAAUGAUUCACUGCACAUUCAUCGCUAUGUUAUUAGCAGGACGGUAUUUCCACCAACAGGAAUCACUCGUAGGAUUCAGAAUCGAAAGCUUAACUGGAACAAAUACCACAAUAGGUCUACGUCAGAAUAUGACUCCGAAAUUGUAAAUGAUAUUCCGACUCUGGGGAGGAGGAGGACUCCUCGGGAAGAGUCUGAGCGUCAUGUUUCACCACACUGUCGCCAGCAAAGUAGAAAAGAUGAACAUGUGAGCAUUUAUCAAGGAAAAGAAAAAUCAAAAUGCAGAAUAUAUGACCAGUUUAUGAACGGGAUUCAUGCAGUUCCUGAAUGAAUAUAUGCAAAAAACAUUAAAUUCCCAAAUUACUCCAAAGCUUGAAAGACAGUUAUCGUGUCGAUGCACCACUAACAGUGUAAGUUGUAAGAAUUGUCAUUGUGUAUAAUUAAACACCAGUAGUUUUUCGCUCA